UCUGUUUCACUCCUAAGGUGAGACUGCCAACUUAUUUUGUUUUAAACUGACAAAGUAGAUAUUUUCAUCAGAUAUUUUACUAAGUGAAUGAUAUUACAAUAAUUGUAUUAGAUGAAUUAAAGGGGAGUGAAUGAGCAGUUUUCGUAUAUUUUCUUCAGACAGAAUGCUUGUGAAUUAGAGACAAUAAUGAUCUUCAGAGCCUUCAUCAUUUUUCUCUUGGCUGCACCUAGAAAUGCCGCCUCCUUGUCGUGUUACAACUGCACUGACAUUGAUAGCUUGGAUAGCUGUCAAACAGUUAUAGAUUGCGAAAAAGAAGAGUCCUGCUUCACGCGAUCCCAAACAACUGGACGACAUCUGACAUAUACUAUGGGAUGUACAGACAAUGAGAAAUGUGGUAGCAUACCCGUGUAUGAUACUAUGUCUAUGAAAAUGAGCAACGAAAAAUGCUAUGAAUGCUGUGGAAGUGAGAAGUGUAACAACCGGUUGUGUAAACACAAAACACCACCACCCUGCGAAGACACUGAUGAGAACUGUUCCUACUGGAACCAGAAGUUUGAUAUAUGUAAGGACAUUCAUGAUGCGAAGAUGAUCUGCCGAAAAUUCUGUAAACUAUGCUCAUUAGUUGAUGGAAACUGGGCUCCUUGGUCUUCCUGGUCCUCGUGUGAUGUGACAUGUGGUCAUGGUAUACAUACACGAAUCAGAACAUGUACCAGCCCAGCUCCAGCGUACCGGGGACUGGAUUGUAAAGGAAACAACACUGAUACAAAACCCUGUGUCAGGCCUUUAUGCCCAGUACAUGGCGGUUGGUCUGACUGGUCAAAUUGGGGAACGUGUCCAGUCACAUGUGGUAUGGGAAUACAGAAAAGGCACCGCACAUGUACCAAUCCAUCACCAUUAAGGUAUGGCUAUCACUGUUUUGGGGACGCAUUAGACGUAAAAUCGUGUAUGCAAAGCUCAUGUGAAGGGACUGACGGGGAAUGGACCAAUUGGGGUGGCUGGGAUAUUUGCAGUGCAUCUUGCAACGGGGGUUUGCGUAAACGCUCCAGGUCGUGUACAAACCCUCGUCCAGAUCCACAUGGAAAAUAUUGUGAUGGUGAUCCAAUUCAGGUUGAAAUGUGCAAUAAGCAAACAUGUAAGACUUCAAAUACAAGUGUCGCAUUCAACGCCUACUAUGUUACCGACACAACUCCAGCAUCUGGUCAGACUAUGGUCUUUUCAAAUGUACUCGUCAACCAAGGAGGAUCUUACAACAGCUCUACGGGAAUAUUUGUAGCUCCACGAAAUGGGACGUACAUAUUCAAUGCCCAAAUGUGUACUCAUAGUAGCCGAAGUUUUAAUUUCCAUAUCAUGGUAAAAGAUGCAGCGUAUGCAUCCGUGUACGCGUAUGCCUACAACUCGUACGAGUGUGCUUUUACUCAAGCUGUUGUGGUACUGGAAACAAAUCAACAGGCUUUUGUCAAAUUUGGCACCUGGUUCGGGAAAUUAGUGCAGACAAGUAACUACAGAAACUUUUUUUCUGGGUCAUUGGUUCAUGAGUAAACAGUUUGUGUUUUCAGAAAAACUCGUAACUGCAAAAUUAUUGCAAGUUUAUGUUUUAUUCCUUUCUAUAACAGUCAAUUGCAAAUAAUUUGGUCCGUUUUAUUUAAAACCAGAAGUCUGCAAGUGACGUAUUGCGAUAAGAAAUGUAUCCUAGUACUUGAAUGUUUUUUUUUUAUUUGUAAGCACGAGUUAAAUCUGAUGUUUCUAAAUAAGCAUUCGCUACGGCAUAUUAGGGGUGUUUAAUUACGCAAACGCACAGAAUCUGCUUUUGUUUUCUUUAAUUUGUAGAUGGCGUUAAUGGGAAUUAGUUUGCUUUUAAAGACACUCAAUAUGUUCGGGCAAUAAGAGAAAUGCAUUUCAAUUUUGUAGAUUAAAACACAUGAAUGUGCAUUGCAUAUAUAUAUUUUGUAUUGUGUUCACCUGUUUUGUGGGCUUUUUUAAGCUGAACUAAGAGCAUAUGAUGCAUUUGCUUUAAUGAAAGCUAGGAAAACUGUAAUAUUAGAAGGAGUGAACCCUUUCAUAGAUUGUUAAAAAAAUAACAUUGCACUUUUAAAUGUUGUCAGGUUUAAUUCAAAACAUAAUUGAAAAGAUGGAGCUUUUACUGGAUUCGUAAUAUAUAAUAUUGACAGGACUUGUUGUAAUUUGUUGAAUUUUUCAAAUGCCUUCUUAUUGCAAUUGCUCCAACAAAAUACACAUACAUUGUAUAAAAAUAAGAUUUAAGAAUAACCAAACAUUUCCUUCUAUCGAGCUAUCGAACAAAAGGUACAAUAUCUUUUUCAGGAGAGUAUGUUGUAUCAUUGUUUUUGUAACUGACAUAUCUUAUUUGUAGACGUUUUACCAUAUCUCUUACCAACUUUUAUGAAACAAGCAUCUUCUUUCCUUUGGGAAAUAGAUACACAUAGGAAGAAAACAUCCACUCGGCUACUCUAGGCCUUUUUAUUUAAAAACAAGCGAAGCCAUGAACAGAUAGAUUGCUUAUCAGAAUCUGAUAUAUGUACAAAAAAUGAAUAGAUCAUAUUUAACGAUCAAAUACUAGUAAUGAAAUGGUUAACGUUUGCCCAAUACUAAUACAUACAUGUCACUUGUCCCCCAUGCCAUACAGAGUUUGAUGUGUACUUAGGAGACAUAAUGUCAGUCAGUCUUUUGCGCGUUUGUCUACAUAUUCAUAAUCACAAUUGGAGAGCAAGCUAGAGAAAAUAUGUAUAGCAUUGAAAGUACUCCGGCACACCGUAAGACUUUUGUCUAAGCCUAACGGAGUUCUUCCCCUUGGACCUAUCUGUUUUUUUCUGUGUCAACAUAAUUACUUGAAUGUACUAUUUUCUUUUUUGUUUCAGAUAAGAAUAUUAAAAUUAAAGUUGAAACAUAUCUGGGUUUAAACAUCAAUUGUAGGUGCAUGCUUCACACUUCUAUACAUCACUUCAGGGUCAGUGAACCUCAUGUUCUAUGUAAGGUAGCAAAAUGUAAUACUUUGUGGAGCAACUACUUUCUGAUUCUAUCAAAUGAUGCAACCAAAGUAGAUUUAAGAUGCUUUUUUUUCUUUACUUUGCCAAUAGUAUCUUUAAUUAACUUUACUUAAAAUUGCUCUGCCUUUUACAAGGCUACACCAAAGAAGCUGGAACGGUUCCUCUAUGCAUGCAUCUCUCUUUUAAAUUUGAUAGAGGAAUGCAAAAGGGCCUGUGAAUAUAUGCUUUAAUUCUGUAACGGGGUUAUCUAUGUAUUAUUUUUGUAUUAUUUAGAUGUUAUUUAACAUCAUUAAUUAUACCUUUAUAUGUAGUAUUUCACUCGACUACUAGAUGCACUUCUGAUAUUAUUACAAUCUUCUAACAUGAAUUUUCGAUACAAUAUUCUAAUAUUUGAAUUUGUCUUGUGUAUACCGAUUUGUUUUGCACGAAUCUGUAAAUCAUGCUAUGCUUAUUACAAAUAAAUUACAAAAAAAUA